AUGGCAAAGGAAUAUGAUGGCACAUCAGCGUGCGGCGGCAUCAAAGAGCAGGUAUCAGUAAGGAGCUGCAGAAGGGACUUUAACUCCCUUGUCAUCCUUGCCACUUGGACAUUAUGGAAUCAUCAUAAUAUUUGUGUCUUUGAUGGGUCCCUCUCUGCUUGGCUAGAGCUUCACCAGCGAAGAGCUGCAGUUUUGGAGUUUGGCCAGGGCUUGAAAUAUUUCUAA